CCGGCCCCGGCCCCGGCCGCGCUGCUCCGCUGGGACCAGGUCCCCGAGGACUUCGUGGAGCGCUUCAUCCUGUCCGGCUACCGGCGGCCGCCCAGCUCGGCGCGCGAGUGCCUGGCGUCGGUGCUGCGGCCCACCAACGAGACGCUCAACUUCUGGACGCACUUCAUCCCGCUGCUGCUCUUCCUCGGCCGCUUCGGCCGCCUGCUGCUGCUGGGCCCCGACGCGGCGCCCGAGCCGCUGCCCUUCCACCACCCCGGCCUGCUGCCGUUCUGGUGCUACGCCUCGGGCGUGCUGAUCACCUUCGCCGCCAGAUGCGCCGCGCACGCCUUAGGCAGCGCCUCGCGGCGCAUGCGCGCCGCGCUCUUCUACCUGGACUACGCCUCCAUCAGCUACUACGGCUUCGGCAGCACCGUGGCCUACUACUACUACAUGCUGCCGGGGAUGCGGCUGCUGGACGCGCGCGCGCUCGCGCCCUACGUGCGGCAGCGGCUGGGCUGGCGCGUGGAAUGCGCGCGCGCGCUCGCCGCCUACCGCGCGCUGGUGCUGCCCGUGGCCUUCGCGCUGGCGGUGGGCUGCACGGCCGCCUGCUGCCAGAGCCGCGCGCGCCCGGCGGCGGGGGCGGCGGGCGCGGCGGGCGCGCGCGCGCACCCGGCGGAGCUGCGCACGCUCGUGUUCACGCUGCCGCUCAGCCUGGCCUGCCCCAUCGCGCUCGAGGGCGCGCUCUUCGACCUGCGCGCGCGCGACCCCGCGCUCUUCCUGCGCUUCCACCGCCGCUACCUGUGGCUGGCGGUCGCCGCCUUCUUCAACGUCAGCAAGAUCCCCGAGCGCCUGCAGCCCGGCCUGUUCGACGUGGUGGGCCACAGCCACCAGCUCUUCCACAUCUUCACCUUCCUCAGCAUCUACGACCAGGCGCACUACGUGGAGGACGGCCUGCGCCGCUCGCUGCGCCGCGGCCCGCCGCCCGGCGGCGCGCCCACCUUCGCGGGCACCGUGGGCGCCAUGCUGCUGCUGCUGCUCUGCCUCGGCCUGGUGGUGCGGGGGUUCCUGCGGCAGGGCGCGGCGCGGGCGCGGGCCGAGCGCUGCGGGGACCAGUGA